GGGAGAGAGAGACAGAGGGAGAGAAAGAGAGAGAGAUUUCUCCCCGCGCUCCGGGUCCACAGUCGCACGAUGGCAUCAGAUCCGGGGCUCGUGCCCCUUUUAGUGUGGACUAUAUCAAUGCAGGUACUGGGGUCCAGGGGAACUGCUAAUGAAGUAAAUCUCCUGGACACAACGAAAAUUUCAGGAGACUGGGGCUGGCUCACAUAUCCUUCUCAUGGGUGGGAUGCAAUCAACGAAAUGGAUGAGUAUUUCACUCCCAUACAUACAUACCAGGUGUGCAACGUCAUGAGCCCAAGCCAGAACAACUGGCUUCGAACCAACUGGAUCCAGCGAGACGGUGCCCGGCGUAUCUACAUCGAGAUUAAAUUCACACUGCGUGAUUGCAACAGCAUGCCAGGCGUACUCGGCACCUGCAAAGAGACCUUUAACCUGUACUACUACGAGACCGACCGUGAAAUUGGAACAAGCAUCUGGGAGAGUCAGUUUUCCAAAAUCGACACCAUCGCAGCUGACGAAAGUUUCACGAACGUGGACCUAGGCGUGCGGAGACUCAAACUUAACACUGAAAUUCGUGGAGUGGGGCCGCUCAGCAAACGCGGCUUCUACUUGGCAUUCCAGGAUAUUGGAGCUUGCAUUGCCAUUGUUUCGGUGCGAGUUUACUAUAAACGCUGCACGGGUAUGGCAAGGAAUCUUGCCAUCUUCACGGACGUGGUAACGGGGGCAGAUUCAUCCUCACUCGUGGAGGUCAGAGGUCAGUGUGUGGACCAUGCAGAAGAAAGAGACACACCCAAGAUGUACUGUAGCGCGGAGGGGGAGUGGCUUGUGCCUAUUGGACGAUGCGUGUGUAGCGCCGGGUUUGAGGAACAUAGAGACAACUGUAUUGCCUGUGAGGUGGGUUUCUAUAAGCCAGUUGCAGGUGAGAAGCUUUGUGGGAAAUGUCCCCUCCACAGUCACUCCGAGACCAGAGCUGCUCUAACCUGCCCGUGUGAUGCCAACUUCUACCGUUCUUCUAUGGACCCUCCUGCUUUUCCCUGCACAAGACCUCCUUCAGCUCCAGUAAACGUCAUUUCAUCUGUGAACGGCACCUCAGUCAGUCUGGAGUGGGGCUCACCUCUGGAUACGGGGGGUCGCAGUGAUGUCGUAUAUGACGUUCUGUGCCAGAAGUGUGACAAUGACGGAACGCAUUGUGAAGACUGUAGGGUGGGAGCUGGUGGGGGCAACGGGGUGGGAAAUGUCAAUGGAGCUGUUGGAGACAACACUGGAUCUGUUGGCGGGACAGUUGGAGGAACUGUAAAUGGGGUGUUGGUGGCCCGGAAUGGAGUGGCCUCAGUACGGUUUAUACCUCAACAGACGGGACUUACGGAACCUUGGGUGACGGUGUUGAACCUUGCCGCUCAUGCCAACUACACCUUUCGUAUUGUGGCACUGAACGGAGUCACACACCUGUACAAUGAGCCUCCACAAUCUGUGAUGGUCAAUAUCACCACAAAUCAGGCAGCUCCAUCUCAAGUAAUGGCUAUCCGACAAGAAAACGCCAGUCAAAACAGCGUUAUCCUUUUCUGGCACGAACCAGCUCAGCCCAAUGGAGUUAUAUUGGAAUAUGAUAUCAAAUAUUAUGAAAAGGACAAUGAGCAACAAAGUUAUGCUACACUAAAGUCAAAGAAUACCAGUGCUAAAGUCUCAGGAUUGAAGCCCGGCACAAGCUACAUCUUCCAGAUACGGGCCAGAACCUCUGCUGGCUGUGGCCGUUUCAGCCAAUCAGUGGAGAUACAAACCGGCAAAGCACCUCCCCUGCGAUAUACCAACAUGACAGUUAUCUGGAUCUGCAUGGUUUCGGUAACGGGACUGGUGACAUUUCUGGCCGUUGUCAUCUGCAGAAAACGGCAAGAGGAACGCUGUGGGUACAGCAAAGCUUUCCAAGACUCAGACGAGGAGAAAAUGCACUACCAAAAUGGCCAUGUAUCAUUUCCAGAAGCCAGAUUUUAUAUUGAUCCCCACACAUAUGAGGACCCCUGCCAGGCUGUCCACAAGUUUGCCAGAGAAAUUGAGGCUUCCAGGAUCAAAAUAGAGAAAAUCAUUGGUUCAGGAGAGUUUGGGGAAGUAUGCUAUGGGCGGAUGAAACUGCCAGGAAAACGUGAUACUCCGGUGGCUCUGAAGACUCUCAAAGCCGGAUACACAGAGAAACAGAGAAGAGAUUUCCUCAGCGAGGCCAGCAUCAUGGCGCAGUUUGACCACCCUAACGUUAUACACCUGGAGGGGGUUGUUACUCGCAGCAAACCGGUAAUGAUCAUCACAGAGUACAUGGAGAAUGGCUCGCUGGACUCUUUCCUCAGGAGACAUGAUGGUCAGUUCACCAUUAUUCAGCUGGUCGGAAUUCUUCGUGGUAUAGCAGCCGGCAUGACUUACUUGGCUGAUCUGGGGUACAUCCACCGGGAUCUGGCUGCCAGGAAUGUUCUGGUCAACAGCAAUCUAGUAUGCAAAAUUUCAGAUUUCGGUCUGUCACGCGUUCUGGAAGAUGACCCUGAUGCAGCCUACACCACAAGUGGAGGAAAGAUCCCAAUCCGUUGGACGGCCCCUGAAGCUAUUGCCUAUCGAAAGUUCUCGUCCUCCAGUGAUGUGUGGAGUUAUGGAGUGGUAAUGUGGGAAGUGAUGUCAUAUGGGGAACGGCCAUAUUGGAACUUGACCAACAGAGAUGUAAUUAAGUCUGUAGAGGAGGGCUACAGACUUCCUGCACCCAUAGGCUGUCCCGGUGCCCUCCACACUCUCAUGCUGGACUGCUGGCAGAAAGACCGCAAUGAAAGACCCAAAUUCUGCCAGAUCAUCACGGUGCUGGACAAGCUGAUUCGGAACCCAGAGAACCUCAAGUCAAUGGACACAUUGUGCAGACUAAACAGUACUUUGAUGAACAGAAGUAUUCCUGAUUUCACCAGCUGCAGAUCGGUGGACGAGUGGUUGGACACCAUUAAGAUGGGCCGUUAUAAGGACCGAUUUGCCGCAGGAGGGUACCUGACUCUAGGGCAUGUGAUGAGGAUGAAUCAACAGUAAGCUGAUUGAUGGAGUGCUUGAGAUUGAGACAUCCAGAGGUUGGGCGUCACAUUAAUGGGCCACCAGAAGAAGAUCAUGACCAGUGUUCAGGUGAUGAGGGUCCAGGUGCUGAACCAGAGCGUACCAUCAGUGCACAUAUAAUCAUGAACCUCUCUGCCUCAUCAGAAUAUAAAUACAUAUUGAUCUGAUACGUGUUUGGGUCUUGUGUAUGAACUUCAAAAGACUACCCCUUCCUGAAACGGAACCUGACUUGGAGGAUUACUGGGAUAAGAAUGGAUGCAAAACAAGAGUUUUUUUUUAUUUUAUUCAACAGGACAUUCGGAAACUAUCCCUUUUUCUCUUUACUUUCUUUUGUAAAUGUAUGAUGGACUGCCUUAAAUGACACAAAUAAUUUAAAUAUUGUUGUACAUGGAAAAAGAUUUUAUUAAUAACAGUCAUGAAUGUGUAAAGAGUGGACCUAAUGAAUAUUACAAAAGAUGGACAUGAAUAUGCAUAGUGUUAAAUGUUUUGCCACACCCACCACAGCACCACAACGGCAUGGAUGAAACUAGGAGUGCCUCAAGUGCUGAUACUCAACGCCGAAUAUUACGACAAAAACAAUGUCAUAUGGGCAUGACCUUUAAAGGUGAAGUGUGUAAUUUCCACAUCACUAGCAACACCACACGGAGUUGUGAACAAUUUCAGACAGGCUUCUCGAACACUCCAUCUGCCAUUGGACGGUAAACAGAUAGUCCCGCCUAAAAUUAAACAUUGGUUGAGCCAAUGUUGUUAGUGUUCAAACAAACCGCAAUAUUUUUAUAACGCCGCAGUUAGUUUUUUUUUUACAUUUUGGCGAAGUCAACUUAUGAAUCGCUUACCGGUACUUGUCUCUGCAUAUUAAACUGUGAUACAAAAAAAGUAUUUAAAUACUGACAAAAUUACACACUUCAUCUUUAAGCUAAAAGCACAUAUGACAAACAGAGUCACUUAAAUGGGAAUCUUUGGGCUCUUGAUAAAAGCUGCAUUGCGCACAAUAUGGACAAACACUGAAUAAGUCUCCGAAUUGCCUCUGUGGUUGUAAAAAAGGCAAUUAUGGAUGCCAUGUGUUUGAUUAAACACCCUGGAACUAAACCUGCUGUUAUUUAUUGCUUGCUGAACCUAGUUUCCCUGUGGAUCCCUCUGGAAACAGGGGGAAUAAAUGUGUAAAUGCUGGUCUACUGAAAAUAACAGAAAUGCUUUUAACUAGUGCUGUCAGUCAAUUUUUUUAUUUUUUUUAUUGCGAUUAAUGGCAUAAUUUUUUGUAGUUAAAUGUGAUUACUCGCAGAUUUUAAUAGUGCUGAAAUUUUAUGCUAUAUAAAUAUAUAGGCAUAUAGUUAUUUUCUAGUAUAAAUUCAUUUGUUUCAUCUUAGGAAAGAAAACAAAACAAUAUGUAUAAUAUAAUGCUUUAUUAGCAUUUUUCAAACAAAACCUUCCAGAAUAUAAAGAUAGAAGGCAACGUUGAGCGCUGAUUUGAACUUACCAUGAAAAGCGCUUGAAAUAAAUAGUUAUUUUGUAUACUUCUGUGGUAAUUAAAAUGCACCUUAAAUAGGCAGAAAAAUACUUGAUUUCUAUCACCAGUCCUAUCUAGGCUUGUUUUGUACAUCAAAUAGUGUUAAGAGCCCCUUUCUCCAUUUUAUCACUGACAGGGAAGUGCUGUCAGCAGUGCUGGGUGUAUAGCAUUACCAAGUAAUUAAUUACUGUAAUUGAAUUACAUUUCUUUAAAAAAGUAAAGGAAUUAAUCUUAAUUUUUCAGUAAUUUAAUUACAGUUACUUCUGAUGUAAUUGCGUUGAAUAUUGUAUAGACCGUAUAGAUACUGUAUAGAAAUGUAAUGUCUAAUGUUAUGUUAGCAUGUUUUCUAAUUUAAUGCAGCCCCCUUAAAUACUUUAAGUUAUUGAAUAAUUUAUUUGACAUUAAAUGAUUUAUUUGAAAGAUACAAGUAAAUCCUUGUAUUUUUCAUCAGGUCAAGGUUGAUCAAGGUUAAUAAGUAAUGCAAUUGAUUUUCAUGCAAUUGAGUAAUUAGUAUAGUAAUUUAAUUACACUCUAUAAUUAGUAGUUAGUAGUUAAUAAUUUUUGUUAGAGUAACUUACCCAACACUGGCUGUCAGAUAUUAUUUUAAAAUAGAUAACAACCUCCGCGGCUCUAUCACAGGCGAGAGUGUAACAGUCAACCAUAUACCGCCCAUAGAAUGUCAAUGGGACAGCCACGUUAUGCUGUUUUAUGCUAAAUUUGUUUUGUUAUUUGGUAGAAGGGCUCUGGUGCUGUGGCGUGUGCGUCAGUGUAAUGACUCCGGGCGGACACAUUACAAAGGGUCCGCCCUUUACACCAGUGUUUAUACUGGUUUAUGCUGUAUUACUGGUAAAAUGCGUUAAUCGCGAUUAAGAAAAAUUAACACGUUAAACUAUUUUUUAAUUAAUCUUAUGUGUCAACUUGUUAAUUCUGACAGCACUACUUAUAACAUUCAUCGUGAGAUCUGUCUGAAGUAGAAUCUGUAUCUCUCUGUUAUUGUCUGAGAUGGCCAGUUUUUAAAUAUUUAUUCUUACCCUUAAAAUGUCAAACGUUCUCAAAGUUUGGGUUGUUUCACGUCAAAUGAAUCUAUUUAAAGCUCCAGUAAUGAACCUAUUUCACACAAAAUGAUACAGCUCAAGAUGCACAUAAAUUUGUAGUGGAACAAAUUUAAAGUUAACGUGAAAUUUAUAUCAACCUUAUUUACAUACUUUAUACACAUUUCUGUUUCAUUGUGCACAAUUUCUCAGUGCACAUUAAUCCAAAUAAAAAACUAUCUUCACAAUCUUUCAUAAAAUCCCAAAUCCAAUCCCUUAAUAUUUCAACCCUUCCAAUCCAACAAUAUGGCUCCAUUCUGGUAUAAGACGGUCACUUUUCACAAUCCAAUCAAUUCCACAUUAAUAAAUUCAAGCCCCGCACCUCAUUUUUUUCUCAUUGAAUAUUCAGUUUUACUUGUAAUUGCGUUACAUUACAGAAUUUAAAUGGGUUGUGAACAGUUUUUCAUGUUGACUUAAAAACACAGGACCUCAUUUAAUAAACCCUGAAAACAGGGUAUGUCUCUAAGUUCAUCUUAAAUAUAAUGAUUCAAUAAUGUAAUUGUACAUCUGUUUGUAAGACUAAUAAAGUUUCCAAUGAAUCAGACAUGUAAAUAUGAAUUAAAUAAAGCUUU